AAACCACACCACACCAUCAGGUCUCAAUGCUUAGUGAAUUAUCUGACCAUGCUAGACAUAAAAUAAUAACAAUGAUGAAUGAAGUAUGAGCUGUGCAAAAACAGACGGUCAGGACAGAAUCACGUGUCUGACAGAUUAGAAACGUGGCUUCAGUCUCAUCGGUUCAAAUCUCUUCCUAGCAAUUCGAUGCUGAAUGUGUGCUGACGCGUUCUCUGAAUCAGCGCCCCGUGGAGUGAGCCCAAGACGUCGCAGAUAAUAUUUAAAUAAAUCAUUUUUUAAUGAUUGAGGAAUCACGGCUUUUGUUUCCUGAGAGUUUUGCUGUAGUAAUAUUUUCUGACACAUCUGAUUUUUGGAUCUGAUGUCCUGUCUGAGACCUCCGGGCAGGCUGCUUGAGCGCUUUGACGGACUCUCGCUCAUUUACUGGACUCUCAUGGGUCCAUACGGUGCAGACCGCGCUGCGCAUUCCAUGGACUUCACAGACUGUGAGAAUGGACUGGGAAUUAAAGUUAUUGGAGGAGUAAAGGAAUUAACUGGCGAGGAAUACGGAGUGUUUGUCAAAAGAAUCCUACCUGGUGGCCUUGCUUCGAGUGACGGACGUCUUCAGCCUGGGGACCAGAUCUUAGAAGUGAACGGGGAACGCUUAAUAGGAGUAACAAGCGACAGGGCGGUGGACAUCCUCAGGUCAGCGUCUGCUUCCAAUCACAUGCGCCUUCUCAUAGCGAGGGAUGAUGAGGCAAGGAGGGAGUUUGCUGAACUGCUUGAGAAGUCCAGCUCCAGCAGCGGUACAGGCUCUGCAAGGAGCUCCCCUAGCCAGCACAGUGGCAGUAGAUAUUUACACAGCACCUCAUCAGGGUCCUCGUCACGCUCCCAGAGUCCUCUGCUGCUGAGUCCGGCUGGCUGUCAUAGUGCUUACAAUGGAAGCUCUGGACCCUUACUGCGCUCUGUCAGUCACCCUGGUGAAGGCCUGAUUCAGCUCAUCUCCAUCCCGAGGGCUUCAGGAUUCGGCAUUGCCAUCGGCGGAGGCUCGAACAGGCCUGACGGACCCGCGGUGUUCAUACAGGACGUCCUGUCCGGGGGGGACUGCCACAGGGAUGGCAGACUCAGACCCGGAGACCAGUUAAUUGCGAUCAAUAAGGAGUCUUUGAUAGGUGUGACACACGAGGAGGCCAAGGGUACCCUUAACAAAGCCAAGUUCAGGCAGGAAGGCACGGUGGAGAUCGCGUUCAUCCCUGGGAAGGAGUCCUGUCCAGCGAGCAGCUCGGUGCCCAGCGGAGCGCAGUGCUGUGCAGGGGACGGGCACGGCGCGGGCAGGUUAAAGGUGCAUGUGAGGUCCCCUGAGAAAAGACAGGAAGAGCCAGUGCCAGUGCCUUUACCCUCAGCAUCCCCUGAUAUCUGCCCUCCAGAGCUCACAGCAUCAGGAUCCGCCACAUCACUGAAUUCCAAAGCUGCCUCUGGAAGUAAACAGAAAGUGUCACUGGACCCGCAUGUCAGACUGAAGUCAGAGAAACUGGAGUUGGCGCUGAUGUACCUGGGGCUCGAUGUCCCUGAAGAGAAGAGGAGAAAGCUGCUUCAGAGCCUCACUGUGGAUCCACAAGGGACUGUGUCGUAUGGAGAUUUCGUGGAGGCAGCCCAGGAUGUUCUGCAUGACAAGCUGGAGGAAGCGGGUCUGGGCUCGGACCCUUUCAUGUUCUCUUAUCACGAGGCAGCCAGCUUAAUGGAUACAUCUGCAUUCCAUUCCCCUACGUGUGACUCGGUGAGUGGGUACAACACGGAGGAGCUGGAGCGCUUCCAGUCUGAGGUGAUGCUUCUGCAGCAGCAGGUGAAACAGUUACAGACUCUACUGAGAGACACACAGAACAGCAAGAAGACUCUGGAGGAGGAGCUGCAGAAAAGCAAUCAGAACGCGUCGGCUUCGUUUGCGGAGAACAAGAUCCUGAGAAGCAAGCUGCAGGUGGCCGAGGUGGUGCAGCGGCAGACCCAGAGUGCAGAGCAGGACUACGAGGAUGUGAUCCAGCUUCUGGAGGCUGAGAUCAGGGAUCUGAAAACCCAACUGGAAGGGACAAAGCACACCAAGGGCAGCGAAGCCACAAAAGAGGAUGUGCUGGAACUCAAAAGAAGGCUUUCUGCCAUUGACUGCCAGCUCAGGAAAUCUGAACUCACGAGAAAACAUCUUGAGAUCUCCAACAAGAAGCUGCUGGUAUUUGCUCAGAAUGUCCACAGAGUCCUGACAUCCUUCAGUCUAUUAACACCAGAAAACGGGCUGAGGAAGCAGUUACCGGACUCGAAGGCAGGGGCCGCUGCUGACCCGACAGGCCUGUGGGUUGCAGAGGUGAAGGAGCUGGUGGAGUGUGCGUGCUCCCUCAGCACCAGCCACAUGUUACCGAAUGGCUGGGAGGAAUGCAGCACCCCAGAAGAGACCAAGUACUUUGCUGAUGCUCACGAAAGGUGCCGAAUUGACAACAGUGGAGACUGAGGCCCUCAACUCUUCCACAGAGCAGCCAUAAUCACCAGCAAACAACAAGGGCUUCUCCAUCUGGAGCCAUUAAGAGAGAGAAGGACACGCAGCAAGGAGGAUCUGAUCACUGAAUUGCUAUCAUCUAAACAAGCAAAAGAACACGAUGAAGGAAUCCCAACGACAGAAGACUUUACACGAAGCAACUAUGUCAGCAGCUCGCUUCAUUGUAAGACUAGAAGAGGCUGCAAAUAGCAACUGCUGGCAACUGAUAUUCCAUUAAAUGCAAAAUUGAGCUUUUAAUCCAAAAAUAUGCACCAACAUUGUCUGUUCAAGUUAAGUGUCAAAGAAAAACAAACAACAAAAAGAAACCUGUGCUUCGAUUCAAGUAUCAGAAAUGUGCAGCAAGAAACCAACGAGGAACCAGCAAGAAUCCAACGAGGAACCAACGAGGAACCAACGAGGAACCAAUGAGGAACCAGCGAGAAACCAACAAGAAUCCAACGAGGAACCAACGAGGAACCAACGAGAAACCAACGAGGAACCAGCGAGAAACCAACAAGAAUCCAACGAGAAACCAACGAGAAACCAACGAGGAACCAACGAGGAACCAACGAGAAACCAACAAGAAACCAACGAGGAACCAGCAAGAAUCCAACGAGAAACCAACGAGAAACCAACGAGGAACCAACGAGGAACCAACGAGAAACCAACAAGGAACCAACGAGGAACCAACGAGAAACCAACGAGAAACCAACGAGGAACCAGCAAGAAUCCAACGAGAAACCAACGAGAAACCAACGAGGAACCAACGAGGAACCAACGAGGAACCAGCAAGAAUCCAACGAGAAACCAACGAGAAACCAACGAGGAACCAAUGAGGAACCAGCGAGAAACCAACAAGAAACCAACGAGGAACCAACGAGGAACCAGCAGGAAUCCAACAAGGAACCAACGAGAAACCAACGAGGAACCAGCGAGAAACCAACAAGAAACUAACGAGGAACCAACGAGGAACCAACGAGAAACCAACGAGGAACCAGCGAGAAACCAACAAGAAACCAACGAGGAACCAACGAGAAACCAACAAGAAACUAACGAGGAACCAACGAGAAACCAACGAGGAAC